AUGGUAAAAGAAAAAGUUGCAAACCAAUUAAAAAAUAUUCCUCUUCCUGAUACUACAGUCGCUAGACGUAUAUCACUUAUUAGUAAUAAUUUAAAAUUGCAACUUGUCUCGGUUAACAGGUAAAUUCUCUUUACAACUUGACGAGAGCACCGAUAUUGCAAAUGAAGCGAUUUUGCUUACAUAUGUUAGGUAUUUUUAUAACAACAAAAUCCACGAGGAUAUACUGUUCUACUCAAAACUAGAAACUUCAACUACUGGAAAAAACAUUUUUGACUCGUUAGUAAACUUUUUUUCUAACAAUAACGUAGAUUUAAAAAAUUGUAUUUCUAUAACAACUGAUGGGGCAGCUGCUAUGACUGGAAAACACGUCGGACUAAUAAAAUUAGUAAAAGACAUUGUUCCAAGUUUAAAGUGGACACACUGCAUUAUACAUCGAGAAGCACUUGCAUCAAAACAAAUGCCCAAAAUAUUGACUGACGUCUUAGCACAAAUUGUUAAAAUUAUUAAUUAUAUAAAAUCAAAUGCUUUAAAUUCACGUUUAUUUAAAAUACUCUGUUCAGAAAUGGGUUCAUUCCAUGAAUCUCUAUUGUUACACACCGAAGUACGUUGGUUAUCAAGAGGUAAGUGUCUUCAAAGAGUUUACGAAUUGCGACACGAAAUAAUUUUAUUUUUAAAUAGUAAAAAUUCAAUCUACAAAGAUUUAUUUGAAGAUUCAAAAUGGAUUAUUAUUUUGGCAUACUUAGCUGAUAUUUUCAAUUUACUCAAUGAGUUAAAUCUGUCUAUGCAGGGCAAUUUUUUCAACAUAUUUGAUCAAACAAAAAAAAUUGAAUCAUUUAAGAAAAAACUUCGAAUAAUAAAAGCUCGAGUAUAUUCUGGAAAUAUUGAUAAUUUAACCAACGUCAGUGUGUUUUUAGAAGAAGAUUCUUCAAUCAAGUUUGAAGAUAUUUUUGAAUUAGUCAACGAACAUUUGACAAACUUAGAAAAAUUAUUUAACCAAUAUUUUCCUGAGGAUAUUCGAGAUAAUUAUAAGUGGAUUGAACAACCAUUCGCAGUAGAUAUAAUGACAGUAAAUAUGUCCACCGACAUUGGAAAUCAAUUAAUUGAGCUAUCAUGUGAUAAUAAAUUAAAACAAAUGUUUAAUGAAACUUCAUUAGAAAUAUUUUGGGGACGUUUAUGCACGGGCAAUUACUCAGAAUUAGCAACUAGAGCAAUCUCAAUUUUAUUAAUUUUCCAACGACUUAUUUAUGCGAAAAGGCGUUUUCUACUAUGGCAAAUUUGA